UAUUAUGAAGUUGGCAAGGCCACACAUCAUAGGACAUACAAUUUAAAGAAGAGAAGCUGGCAUCUUAUUGCAUCAACAGCAGUUUAAGAUAAAGCUCUAUUCAGCUUACCAGAGAUGAGAGCUGUUUCUACAUCUUUAUCACGCUAUUUUACUAAUGCGCUAUAUUCCAAACAUUCCAUUUCUGUAAGACAUUUCAAGCAUAUACCUCAAAAGCCCAUUGAGAUAGCAAAGCAGUCUCCUGAUAACCAUGAGGCUGUCGUGGAUGAAGAUAUAAUGCUUUUGGAAAGGCUAUCUUUAGUUGACUUUGGUAACAGGCAGGGAGUAGAAAGACUAUCAGAAGCUAUCAAGUUUGCGAACUCAAUAAAAGCUGUUAAAACAGCUGGUGUGGAUCCGUUAUACACAGUACAGGAGGACAGGAGUCUACGGCUGCGGCCGGACGAGCCGCUGCCCACUCCCUCAGUCGACCAGGUGCUCUCCUGUGCCGCCGUCACUGAGGACGAUUACUUCGUGGCACCCCCGGGGAACGUCCCCCUCGAGAUCUCCACAACCUACCGAGAGGAGGGGACGGACCGCGCGGAACCUCAGACCGGCUCGGACUCAGAGGGCACCAGGGAGUCGGCUGAUCGAGGAAAUACCUUGUGA